ACGUUAAUUGUUGUGGAAGAGGUCGACGUGGCGGAAGACACAGAUCUAGUAGUGGAUCUUGGAGUUUAUUCGGUCGUUCACCAUCUUCUUCAGCCAUCUCAUAUCUUUCCCAUCUACAAUUCACACUAUCACCAUUGGAAUCAUAACAGACCAUCUUACGGCUCAAGUGGUGCUGGUCAAUCAGUGUCAUCGACUACUCCAACAUCUACAUCAACUAAUAGUCCAGUAAACUUGCCAGUAUCGUCACAAAAUGCCUACCAACAACGUAUGAACCAAAUCUUCAGUAUGAAUGAAUUUAAUAAUCCCAAAAAAUCUGAAUCAAAUACUACCCCAAAAACAGUGAUGUCAACAAAAUCAAGCUUUCGUGAUUCGACAAUUGAAAAUUAUCUAUUCCGUAUGAAAAAUAUUCUAAGAAUAAUUAAUCGCGGGAAAGAUGAAGAUCUGGAAAAAUUCCUUGAUUCAAAAAUUAAUGAGUUAUUUAAGUAA